AACAGGCAGGGGAAUGCGGUUUAUCAGCUGACCAAAAAAGAAGUUUGCUGUGAAAUGGAUUUGUGUGUGAGUGUAACUCCUGAAGAAACGACAGAAGCAACAGCCAGGGAGUCUCUCACAGUGAGCAUCACAGGAUCUUGAUGAUUGGACUGAUCUCUACCAACUACAGCACAGAGAUCUGUCCAGACUAUGGCUUCAGGACAAACACACUCUGUUUUUUCCUUUCUGAACUAGCACAAGUAAACCUUUCUGUUUAACACCUCCUGUCUUAGUGUUCUUUUACGCCCUCAACCUUCCCUGUUUUCUCCCAUCUUUACUUUGUGAGUAGCCUGUCUGUCUGUUAAAAUGGAUGGCACAGAGCCUGUGCAGCCUAGUGUCAACUCUUCCUAUGUUCCGAAUGCUUUUGGCAACUACGAUGCAUCAGAGGAUGAGGAGAACGAGGACGAGAGUCCCUCUGCGUCCCUCCUGCCCAAGCAUUCCUCAGUGCCUCUGGCUGUACGCUACAGUCCAGAGGACUCUUACAAUUUGGUGUACAUCAUCUUCUUUCUGAUGGGCAUCGGCUCCCUGCUGCCCUGGAACUUCUUCAUAACAGCCAAACACUACUGGCUCUAUAAACUGAGUAACAACACUCAUCACAGCGGCAAUGAGGAUCAACGAUCAGAUCUCAGUGACUACUUUGAAAGUUAUCUGGCCAUUGCCUCCACGGUGCCCUCUGUGCUGUGUCUGAUACUCAACUACGUCCUAGUGAACAGAUUGUCUUCGAACGUCCGGAUCCUGUUGUCUCUCUUUGUGAUCCUGCUGGUGUUUGUGGUGACCACAGUGAUGGUGAAGGUGGACGUGUCAGACUGCAGUGUGGAGUUCUUCAUCGGCACGUUGGCCAGCGUGGCUGUCGUCAGUGGAGCCUCCAAUCUCUUCUCUGGCAGCGUGUUCGGGAUCAGUGGGCAUUUCCCCAUGAGGAUCUCUCAGGCCCUAUUAUCAGGCCAGGCUAUGGGAGGCACGCUGAGUGCAGUGGCAUCAGUACUAGACCUGGCAGUCGCGAAGGAUGUGACAAACAGCGCUCUGGCUUAUUUCCUGACAGCCGACGUUUUCAUUCUGCUCUGCAUCAUCACGUACCUGCUGCUGCCCAAGCUGGCAUAUUCAAGACACUACAUGCUGGCAGCAACAUGCACCAGUGCUGCAGUGAUGAGCGAAGGUGGAGGCGCUGCAGGCACAGCGAGCAGAGUCUCUGUCCCACCACUCCAGCCCAUUCUCAGGAAGACGUGGGUGCUCGGUCUGAGUGUAUUCUAUGUCUUCUGCAUCUCUAUCAUGGUGUUCCCCGCAGUAUCCUCAGGGAUCCAAUCUGUCCACAAAGACAGUGUCAGCCCCUGGACAACCACUUACUUUGUGCCCCUCACCAGUUUCCUCCUGUACAAUGUAGCAGACUUCUGUGGAAGGCAGGCCACAGCUUGGCUGCAGGUCCCGGGCCCCACCAGCCGAGUCCUGCCGGCACUGGUGCUGUGUCGCUCCAUCAUGGUCCCACUUUUUAUGUUCUGUAACUACCAGCCAAGAGACCACCUCCACUCAGUGCUAUUCACACACGAUGCAUACCCUGUGGUCUUUAACUGCCUGCUAGGCCUCUCUAAUGGCUACCUAGGCACUCUACCAAUGAUCUAUGGUCCAAAGGUGGUACCUCGGGAGCUGGCAGAGGCCACAGGAGUGGUCAUGUCCUUCUUCCUCACUCUGGGACUGGCUGUUGGAUCUGCGUUCUCUGUGCUUAUUGUGCACUGUAUCUGAUCAGGCUGUUAGGUAAUAACCUAGUCAUGUACAGUGGCAUAGUGGAGCUGGACAGUCAGUGCACCUGCUGCUGAUGAAUAUCAGAACCUCAAAGCACUGUGAUGCAAAGUACAACAGGAAAGACAGUUUUUCUGGUAUGAGUGAAAGUCCUGAUAAGCUCAUUGCCACUCUUGACCAAAAGGCCUUGACUUCAUACCUCACGUGAAUAUGUAUUAUGUUUACACUGAUGUGGCUCAUGAUUGUGAUGAGUCUUAGAGCUGUGUCCACCAGAGCUUAGUCUCUACAUAUUUGAAAGGUGGAAGUGGUUCAGUGGCUUUGAACAACAUUUGCAAUCAGUGCAAUCCAUAAGGGACAAUUCAUUAGACAAAGCUUUAUUUUAAUCAUUUCAUAUUACACAAAUUUAUUUCAAGAGGUGAAAACUUGGGGUAUACAAGCUGAUAUGCAGAGGGUGUUAAAUGUUAUUUUAGUUCAACUUGAAUGAAAUAUGCAGAUGGCAAAGAAGCUCCACAUCUUACUGAGGGAUAUGGGUAGAAAAAUUUGGCUAAUUGUCAAUAAACAGGUUGUAAUUUACAUUUGUAAGCCUUAUCAAUGAAUUUGUUCAGUUUAUAAAGUGUGAUCAUUUCCAGUAACAACUUAUGGAUUUCAGUCGUCAUUUUAAAGGUUCACUUGAGCGGCAAGUUCCGAAGAAAUAGUAUAUUUUUAAUUUAGGAGAAUAACCAAGUACUUUUAACCUGUGAAAUGGAGGAAAGCAAAUGUCUCCUUGGGGAAAUUGAUCUAGAGACCUGUUGCAGGCUGUCAUAAGGAAAAUGAUCAGCUGUAACAGUUUAUGAACCAAAUACCAGUAUUCUUUUCAAAAUUUAAGUGUAUUGACUAGAGUUCUUGUUUAAAUGAUCUGGAUAUGACUGCACAUAUGACUCCUGGUUUGCAGAAAUGGCCACCCUGUUAUAGUCAGUCAGUUUCCUGGGAAGAAUACUAAGCUUAAUUCAGUUUACAGCAAAUGGAAACAAAUAAACAGUGGAUUGGGAUCACUUUAAUUGUUAAAAAUUUACAGAUCAACUGACAGUUGGCUCACGCGUUGAAGCAGACAAUUGAAUGCUUUUUAUAUGUUAGAAACAGUGAUGUACAAACAGUAGGAAGAGUGCAAACAAUGGGAGGUGAGUGGGAGGUACACUCGCAGACCAAUUACCUCCAUAUCAGCUCCUUGAAACAAAACAAGCUGUCUACAAAAUAGAAAUUUGUUUAAAGGAUCAGACAUACUGAUAAAAGCAAUGCCAGUCAUUCUUAACACACUGAGCUGUGUCUCUUUUCAGGACAGCAGCUAUCUGACACUGUGUCAGCAUUAUACCACAUGUGAAACUUGAAUUUGUGUUGUUACACACACACACACACCACACCCUGCUAGCAAUAUUGGGAAACAACCCAAAUGAUGCAAAUCUUUAAAGCCCAACAGUGAAGCUUUGUGACUUCUGCUCAGUGAAGCAGCGACAGGCUGAGUUGCAGGCCACUAUACACGUAAUCACUCCUUCCCUGCCCCCCCCCCCCCCCC